AGUGUACCAAUCGGGCGCAAGGGAAGGGUGAGUCUGAAAAAGGCGGAAGAAUGUGGUUAACUUCUGUAUUAUUGUUUGGCUUCAAAUUGUGUUAAGUAAGGCGAAAUAAUCGUACAAAUUGAGAAAACAACACAUAAAACCGCAUCGGUUGAACCUGUUUUAUUUUGUUAGCAAAGCAAAUUCUUAACCUAAACUGUCUUUCGGAAAGCUGACUUUUCAACAUCGUACCGUAAACAUGACCGUCAUCUGUCAUUCCAGUGCGAGAAGAACGGGAUCAAAACAAAGGAAGCCUCGGGCAUGGUUCCAGCAUUUACCGGCAUUUAAAAGCUAAUUCAAACAGUAACAACGAAUAUUUACCAUCGCCUGAGAAAUAGAAAACGGGGACUAUAUUCACCUUUCAUAAUGUUUUAAAACUAAAACCCUUGCUUUAAGUGCAACACGGCUGCCUAGGACAGCGCAUUCUGUUUGCCCACAUGGCGCCAAUUUUGAUUCUGGAAGCAUUCUACGGCGGUUCUCACAAACAACUGGUAGAUGUGUUACUGAAAGAUCUCAAGGAGGAAGAGUACGAUCUGCUUACCAUACCGGCGAAAAAAUGGCACUGGUGUGCACGGAUGAGUGCGUUACACUUUGCUGGCCGCAUCUCUACUGCCCACCGGUACCAAACCAUCUUCUGCAGCUCGGUACUAAACCUAGCUGAGCUGAUUGGAAUGCGAACGGAUCUCGCUGCCUGCCGGAAGAUUGUUUACUUCCACGAAAAUCAACUGUGCUACCCGGUCAGGGAUGCGAAACAGCGUGACGUCCAGUAUGGAAUCAACCAGAUAACGACGUGCCUUUGUGCUGAUAGGAUACUGUUCAACUCACGGUACAACAUGAACUCCUUUCUCGAUUGCAUAGAAUCGUUUUUAAGGAAGGUACCCAACAUGAGCUUCCAGGGCGUGAGAGAGAAAAUUGUCCCAAAGUGUGACGUUCUGUACUUCCCGGUGGAGUUUGGGAAGCUGACAAAGAGAGGCGUUAAAGCAGAGAAAGAAGAAAGCCCUCCUCUCCACAUCAUUUGGCCUCAUCGCUGGGAGCACGAUAAAAAUCCGGAACAGCUUGUCGAAGCGUUGCUGGCACUUCAGGCAAAGGGGGUCAACUUUCGCGUCUCAAUACUGGGCGAACGAUUCGAAACCAUUCCCAGUUGCUUUGAGCAGCUGGAGGAGCGAUUGCCGGGGAAGGUGGCACAGUUUGGACCACUGCCGAGGGAGGAGUAUCUGCGCACGUUGGCCGAAGGGGAUGUGGUACUGUCCACCGCACUGCACGAGUUUUACGGAGUGGCAAUGCUUGAGGCGGUUUACAGUGGAUGUGUGCCAUUGGUUCCGAACCGGUUAGUUUAUCCCGAGCUCUAUCCAAAGGAUAAACUGUUCAAUACAACGGCACAGUUGGUAAAGCAGCUGUAUAAUUGGUGCCGUAAUCGUGUGCUGUUUGAAAAGCAUCGUGAAGACUUUUUUGGUAAAAUUAGUCUUGGUGGUUAUUCGGCGGAGCAGCUUGUGCCGCAAUUCAUCGCCAUUCUAAGGAAUACGGAAUGAGGGAUAAGAGGACGAAUAUCUCCAACUUCUCCAACAACUGCACCAGGAAGUGAAAACGACUCCGUACUACAGUCCCCAUCGUUGCAAGCCCACCAAGCGGUGAUCACAUUCCACCGAGUAACAUCGGGAUUUUCAACAGAAAAGCUAUUUGUAAGUGGGCUUAUCUGCCGAAAGCCAAUUUUAUUUAUUUUGUUCAACACGUCACGGUACGAUUUAUUGUUCGCCGUGUGACGGGAAACACCUCGUACAGCAGCAGCAGCAGCAGAGCACAUAGCCCAAACCCAGCCGAAGGUCGAAGGUUCAGUCCAGACGGUUAGUGUUUCCCCUUUUUCAUUUAUGUUUUUGUUGCCCGUUGUUCGCUACGCGUUCCGUCCUUUGAUCCGUGGGAUAGGCAUUAUGACAUCAUUUCAUUGUACGAUGCGCUCGAAUUGUUGCGGAUGCGCGUAGUGUUUUGGUGGGGGGCGUACUUUGUUGGCGGGGAAAGCUUCCCGGGUGGUGGUGCUUGAUAGCUUCCGUGGGAGAGACACCAAAUGGACCGAAAGGACGGUCCAUCACCAGCGCUGUUUGCGAUGCUGGUAAGAGCAGCUACCAGGCGGUGAUGGUCGCGCCUGGACCACGAGGUACUUUUCCCGCGCCCCGUGGUGCUAUUGACGGACGGGCAAUAUUAUCUGGUCGUGGCACCACCUGACGCACACACACACACACACACCGUGUCCGGUUGGGGGUGUCUUUUUUAUGUUGAUCAGUUGUUCCCAUGGCGUGUAGCUGAAAGGCGCCGUUUUCAGAAAUUGUAUGGCGUCCACCACCUUUUACCCAACUAUAAACGCACUAUCACUAUAUUGGACAGAUAAAAUCUCUCUCUCUCUCUCUCUCUCUGUGCCUCUGUCCCUAUUCAUGCAGGUAUAUAGUUUAGCAUAUCCUUCCGCACCGAACAAAAAAAGCGGACUUGCAUUUCCAAUUUGGUUUGGUAUAAUUUGUACGCCGCCACUGUUGCCUUUCGGAUUUGCGCUGAAUUGUUGACAGCUUUCUAUUUGUUUCCUUUUAUCUGUUUUUGCUUUUUCCGGACGGCGCACAAUCGCGCCAAAUGAACGCCAGCUCCCAGCCAGCUGCUAAGUUUAGAACGUCGCCAAACAAUCGCCCAGCCAGCGAGUUGCGAGUUGUUAAUUUUAUUU